AUGGCGGUGCGGAGGUUCCCUGGUCAAGAAGCUACGGCGGGCGAUUCCAAGAUACCUUCGAUUAUCUAUUAUGACAAGAAGGGGAUGGUGCGCGCGGUGGGCUCACAGGCUCUGCUCCCGCAAGUUCUGGCACAGGCCGAAGACCAAUGCUGGAAGAAGGUGGAAUGGUUUAAACUUCAUCUUCGACCCCUGGCGGAAGUCAAUGCACCCAAGUCUCCAAAUGAAAGCUAUAGCCGGAUGGCUCCACUUCCGCUUCGCAAAACAAUCGUGGAUGUUUUAGCGGACUUUAUGAAAUAUCUGUUUGAUUGCACAAGGUCAUAUGUUACUGAAACCCAUGCCAAUGACGAACUUCUUUGGGCUUCCGUUAAGGAGCAUAUAGAUUUUGUGUUCAGUCAUCCUAAUGGAUGGGGUGGUACACAGCAGGAGAAGAUGCGUCGUGCUGCUAUUAAAGCAGGAUUGAUACCGGACACUCCUGCAGGCCGCGUCCGUAUCCAGUUUGUCACUGAAGGCGAGGCUAGUGUGCAUUACUGUAUCACCAGUGGUCUGGCUAGGGACAUUAUGAAGAAUGGGCCGGUUGAGAAGACUGUCAUGAUUGUGGAUGCGGGAGGUGGUACAGUUGACAUAAGUACCUAUGUGGUUAGAUGCGGGAACACCUUGACCGUGGAGGAGAUAGCACCGCCUGAAUGUAUCUAUCAGGGUUCUGCUAUAGUCAGCUUCCGAGCUAAAGACUUUCUCAAGGGUAAGAUUCGAUUCAUUCAUUUCGACCUGACUUUGAAAUCGUUGAGAGUUAGAAAAGUUGACCGGUUCAAGAUAUUGUACUGA